GCUGCGGGAGCUGCCGGCGCUGCUCGCUUGUAGGCGCGGAUCCGGGGCUGGGGGCGGACACCACGCCGGCGGCGGCUUCUGGAACGCGCGAUGACUGCACGGUAACCCUCUAACCCACAGACAAGAGGAGGAGAAGAUGAAGGAAGAUUGCCCAUCCAGCUCCCACGUGCCCAUCAGCGACAGCAAGUCCAUUCUGAAGUCAGAGCUGCUAGGCCUGCUGAAAACCUACAACUGCUACCAUGAGGGUAGAAGCUUCCAGCUGAGGCACCGGGAGGAGGAAGGGGCUCUGAUCAUCGAGGGGCUCCUCAACAUCGCCUGGGGUCUCCGGCGGCCCAUCCGGCUGCAAAUGCAGGACGACCGGGAGCGCGUGCACCUGCCCUCUGCCUCGUGGGUGCCUGGACGGCCCAGCGGCCACCUGAAGGAGCCUCCUGCCCAGGACGGCCGGGUCCCCAGCGAGGAGCCGAGUGCCCAGCCCAAGGCUGAGAGUUGCAGAGACGGCGCAGGGCCCCCAGAGGAGGAUGAGGAGGCCCCACAGCUGAUGCGUACCAAGAGUGAUGCCAGCGCCAUGAUCCAAAGGAGGCCCAGGAGCCGCGCGCCCGGUGAGGCCCAGCGCCUCCGCCGGCACCGGUUCUCCAUCAAUGGGCACUUUUAUAACCACAAGACCUCCGUGUUCACUCCGGCCUACGGCUCCGUGACCAACGUGAGGGUCAACAGCACCAUGACAACACUGCACGUGCUCACCCUGCUGCUGAACAAGUUCAGAGUGGAAGAUGGCCCUGGCGAGUUUGCACUCUACAUUGUCCACGAAUCCGGAGAAAGGACGAAGUUAAAGGAUUGUGAGUACCCACUGAUUUCCAGAAUCCUGCACGGGCCGUGUGAGAAGAUCGCCAAGAUGUUCCUGAUGGAAGCAGACCUAGGCGAGGAGGUGCCCCACGAUGUUGCUCAGUACAUUAAGUUUGAAAUGCCGGUGCUGGACAGUUUUGUUGAAAAAUUAAAAGAAGAGGAGGAAAGAGAAAUUAUCAAACUGACCAUGAAGUUCCAAGCCCUGCGUCUGACGAUGCUGCAGCGCCUGGAGCAGCUGGUGGAGACCAAGUAGCUGGCAGGCACCUGCCUCUUCUGACCCCUCCAGCACCAAGUGCACACGGAGUCCCAGCGGCUGGGCCCUGAGCGGUCACUCUCACUGAUGGCCACCACCUGAAGAGCCCAACACCUAUACUUCACCUGUCUGAGGCCUCAGUACCAUGAGACCCACCUCCCUCGCUGUUGGCACACACAGGAAUCAGACCCAGCCUGAGGAGCCAGGGACUUGCUUGCUGGGGUUUGCAUGUAAGGCUGGUGGCAGCAGUGAAUGGAUCUGAGACUGUAGCCCUGGCCACAUUGUGUGGCUGGUCGGUGUGGCCAGUUUUGUCCACUCCACACUCUCUCUGCUUAGGAGAGCAAUAUUGGACCCAGUCCCUAGGGGGGCAUGGGUUUUGUCUGGCCCAAGAGACCAUGCAGGCCUCCAUUAGCAUCAUCAUUCUUGUGAACCAAGAAACCCUUAUUUGCCCCUACAUCGUAGCCUUCCAGGAACUCUGCUGGGAAAAGCAGGGGCUUCCCACAGCUGCGGGAGGUAAUGUCCUCAGCCAUUGCUUCACUUCCACAUCCCUGGCCUCCAAGCCUCUGACGUCACCCGUGAGCCUGGCAGAGCCCAGCACCCCUGGUGCAGAGGGCAGAUCGGGGAUAAACCCACAAGCAUCCUAUCAUCCCACUGCAGAAGUUCGCCUUAGCUUCUCAAGGGGGCCUGAAGGAAUUCUUAGAAGGAGCUCACUGCCUGCUGGCUCACAGUGUGGAGGUGGUCCACCUGUGUGGGUGAGUGAGACUCCGGGGGCUAUACCCAGACCAGUCACCCCCACCCUGGAUGCCUGUGUGGCUCUUACUUUUCCCAGGGUCUCAUGAUUUCCCUUAAAAGCCUGGUAGGAGGAGAAAUGUUUCUCUGGGAAGAAAAGGCAUUGAGCUCCCUGGGGUCAGAUACUGAACAGUUUGUGAUUGUCCACUAGUGGAGAAUUUCUGGCACGAACAAGAAAGACUUUGCAAAACUAUGCAGCAGUUUAUACUGGUCGCGAGGGUGUUUGUCCAAAAUGGAGCAGACAAGCCCAACACUCGCAGAGACAGGACAGAGUCCACCUCCAGUGCAUGUAAAGUGGGGAGAGCAGAGCCUGGGAGCAGCCGUGCCCUGUGGAGCGGCUCACCAGGGUGUGCGUCACGCCAGGAUCUGCACAGCCCAGUGUCAUUGUCACAGAGACACACAGGGAAGGGGCAGAGGCCUGGCUGCUGUCCUCCGUCUCCUCUGAUGGCACGGUGUCCUGGGUGCUCAAUAAAACGGAGCUAUC